AUUUUCUCAGUAGGGUUUUUCCCAUUCGACAAAAGCCCAUUUUUUUUAAAUUCAAACAAAUAAAUCAAAAAUUUUUAAAAACCACCACUUCCUUUUCGUGAUUUUAUUUCACAAUUUCUUCGACCUCAUUUUCAAAAACAAUCCGAGAAAUACUUACAACUGAAUUUUCCGGGGAAUUGGAGCUUGGUAGAUUCGAAGAAAGAAGGAAAGAAAACACAAAUCGGAAAAGUUGGGAAGAAAGAGGGGGACAAUGAGUACUGGGUUGGAUCCGUCGAUGACUUUGCUGGCAGCAAGCGGCGGUGACACCGUGAAGCUCUUCGAUGUGUCGGACAAGUCCGCCGAUCCCCUCGUUUUGAGCUACACUCCUUCUCCUGGUUCCCAUGUCAAUUCGCUCAAGUGGAAUCACACCAAUAUGGUGGUGGCUAGUGCUGGAGAUGACAAGAAGUUAUCGUUGUGGAAUAAGAAUGGGAAGAGCAUGGGCACCAUUCCGCUGGCCGGAACCGAAAGCGGAGACGGCAUUGAGGAGUCAAUAUUGGCUCUCAGCUUCGGUAACAAGGUUUCUAGAUACAUCUGUUCCGGUGGAACCGGUCAGGUUGUAAGAAUAUGGGAUUUGCAGAGAAAGCGAUGUAUCAAAUGGUUGAGGGGUCACUCUAGUACGAUUACGGGUGCAAUGUACAAUUGCAAAGAUGAGCACUUGGCUUCCAUCAGUCUUAAUGGGGACCUCAUACUUCACAACCUUGCAUCUGGUGCAAGGACUACUGAACUCAAGGACCCCAAUCAACAGGUACUAAGAGUGCUUGACUAUUCCCGGAUUAGCCGACACCUUCUUGUGACAGCAGGUGAUGGAGGUUCUGUACAUUUGUGGGACACAACCGCCCGUAGCCCAAAGGUUUCUUGGCUGAAGCAGCAUUCUGCACCAACUGCUGGGAUCAGUUUCUCUCCAUCGAAUGACAAGAUGUUUGCUACAGUUGGGCUUGAUAAGAAGUUGUAUACUUACGACACAGGGUCGAGACAACCUUCACAUUGUAUUUCCUAUAAAGCACCUUUCUCUUCAUUGGCAUUUAGAGAUGAUGGUUGGGUAUUGGCAGCUGGGACAAGCAGUGGUGAUGUGGUGUUCUACGAUGUCCGUGGUAAACCAGAGCCUUUCACUGGUAUUCGUGCUUAUAGUAGUUCAGAGGCUGUUACAAGUCUAUGCUGGCAAAGGUCAAAACCUGUCGUUGUAAACGAAAGCAAUUGUACUGUUGAGACUGCUCUUUUAGGAGAUGCUGUUGAAGAUUCAAUCCUUAUGCCUGACCAACUUCCUUCUGUGACUUCAUCAAGUCUUCCUCUAUCUACGGCAGUAUCUAGUUCUCGAAAUUCAGGCCGUUCAAGUUUAUCUGCAGAGACAUCUUCAGUUACAGCAGCUGGCAGUGGACUAACAUCAAGCAUACUUUGUGUAUCUACUGGAGAGGAUACACCGCAACGAGGCCGUUUGUGGCCUGGUGGAACAUUGCAUAGAUUGCAUCCUCCUCGAUCUACUUAUAACUUCAAGGAUGAUAUGGAGGUGUUCUCCCCUCUUGUGGACGUUCAUCCAAUCACACCUUCACUUGACAAACUUUGGGAUGAUGACAAAUUGAAGAAGGAUAAUUUGUCCGGUAGGAGAUUCCCUUUUGCAGAAGAUGGGGCCAGUGAUCAUCCAAUAUUUGAUUGGAAACCCAGUUCAACAUCUAAACAGGACGACAUAAAAUCGUCAUUUGCACUAUUAGAAUCAACUCCUGCACCGUCUUCCAAGAGUGAAGACCCAUCCAUCACCCCUCCAGAAGCUUGGGGUGGUGAGAGAUUUUCUGAUAAGUUCCGCCAGCCAAUCACUUUUACAUCUCGCAUUGGGAUGUCGGCUCAGACAUCAGGAUCAACUUUAUCUGGACUGCCAGAUAUGUCUUUAACAGCAAAGUUUGCAAAUUUGCGCACCAAAGAUUUGUCUUCCAUUCAGGAGACUUCAUUAGGAUUUCAAGAACACAUUUCUUCAAGUGCCAUGCCUAUGUCCCCCGGUAACAAAGCCCUCCUGGGACAGGCUAACCUUGAUUCACCAACAUCUUUGACGUUGCCUCGGAGAUUCUCAACUUAUGCAGAGAGGAUAAGCACUACAUCUAACUUCAAUGAUCGAACGUCCCUAGCAGUGAGUUCACCAAAAACAAAGAAAACAGGAGCCGAAGGCAGAGAAGAACUGUUGAAUAGCUUCUUGUCAAAGUCAGAUACAUCAACUGCCACAGAAUCAGGGGUUCUUCCAGCAGUGAAUGUAUGGGGUGGAAGUUCGCAUCUCCAAAAUGCACCCCAACAAGAUGCACAGCAGGGAAGCUCCUUUACAUUUCAGAUUUUUCAACGUACUCUAGAAGAAACUCUCGAUUCUUUUCAGAAAUCCAUACACGAAGAUAUGAGGAACCUUCAUAUAGAAAUUUUAAGGCAAUUUCAUAUGCAAGAGACGGAAAUGUCAAAUGUGAUGACUGCAAUGCUGGAAAACCAAGCUGAGCUGAUGAAAGAAGUUAAGUCUCUCCGGAAAGAAAACCAGCAGCUCCGGCAAUUGCUUUGAGCAUCGGUGACGUUUGUUAAUUGUUUCGAUUAUUUUUUGUGGAUUUGGGAUACGUCUGUUGUUUCAGUGUUGUAAUUUGCUCUCCAUCAGUGGUCGUUUGUUCUAUAGGUAGACUAGAAUUACUUCUCUCGGCCGGUGGGGCGAGGUUUAAAGCACAGGUAGAAAUGCAAGUGCUAUAGGAAGUAGAGUUUGUGAGCAUGUACAGAAUGAUCAUUCCCUGCUAGAAUGAAGGCUUUGAUUCGGGUGAAAAUUAUAAGCAUUGUCAUGUUUCAGCU